AUGAUUCGCUGUCUUAUAUCAGAUUCAGCAGUUUCUUCGGAUCCUGUUAAAGCUUCCCAUGAUGCUAAGCAAGGUAGCAGUAAUGAAGACAGUAAAUUAACUUCACAGACGACAGAUAAAGCUUUCCAGAACUCCUCUGACUGCACGGGCACUGCUGAAAUCCGUACAACCAAAAGGAACUGUAUAAAUGGAGAUCCAGCUGUAAAGAAGCAUGAACCUCACAAAGGAGCAAAAGGAGUGGGCGCAAAAGCUGAGCCAGAAAAGAGAAAAAAUGGAUGUUCUGAGACCUUAGAAAAUAACCAGAACAAAUAUAAUUUUCAGGAUGUAGCUGUUCUUCAAAAACAUCUCAAAAUGUAUGUAUCUGAAGCACAUAAUGCAUUGACAGAGCAGCGGUACCGCAAUGCUGAACAAUCAUUUAACCAUGCUCUGAAUUUACUGGAUCCUAUGAAAUUAAAGGAGGUCAAACUUGUUACUGUCGACUAUGUUGUUCUUCUCUAUGGACAUGCCAGUGCCCUUCUUGGAAUUGGCCAACCUGAGGAACUAACUUCAGCUGAAAAGCAGUUCAACAGAGUUGUAGAUCAGUUUCCAGAGGAACGUCUGCAUUGCUUAGCAUUUUAUGGCAUUGGUAGGGUGUACUUCAGACAGAAUAGAUUUAUGGAGUCCUUGGAUAAAUUUUCUAAUGCUAUAACUAUGGUGAAUCGUAAAAUUGUUCCUGGAAUUUUAACCUGGCCAAUGACGACUGCUAUCGUUGAAGAGAGCAGAACAGAAAAUCUAAAGUCAUCUCUGGAAAGCUAUAUUGAAGACUGUAAGUUCCCACCACCUCCUGAUGCAGUGUGCUGUUAUAAGCAGUGCAGUGGUUAUUUAAAAAUCCAAAUAUAUUAUUCAGAUCCAGACUUUAAGGGAUUUGUUCGUCUAACUUGCUGUCACUUAUGUAAUGUGGAAUUUCAUGUCAGCUGCUGGAAGAAGUUAAAAGCAUGUAGUUUCAGUGAUAAAAACACAAAGGAUUUUCUUCAAAGUGAGUGUUUUACCCCAGACUGUGGAGGCUUAAUUACAAGGAUAGUAGUGUAUGGUCCGGCAGGUCUGAAGAAAUGUGAAUUUGAAAGUAAGCCAUUUAAAACCAAAAGUCCAUCUAAAGUCGUAGUUAAACAGAAAAUAUCAAGCCUCAGAAAACUGAAAAUGAAGGAAGAGCAGAAACAAAAGAGAAAGUUGCGGAAAGAAGCAUUAAAGGCUGUGAAGGAAAAAAUUAUUAAUGAACCAACAGAAACAUCUACCAAAGCAUGUUUUGAUAAAGGACUUGCUCAAUCUAUGAAAUUUUGUGGUGAUAGAAUACUACAGCGAAUAAUUGAAGUGUCUGAACAAAUUAAGAUGGAUGUACAGGAUACUGCUAAUAUUUUAAAAGAUUUGCUAUUUUGGCAAGUAAUAAAUAAUGAAGAAUAUGAAAGACUUGUUAACGAUAAUAAUUAUUAUGACGUGAUGGAUCAGCUGAUUAAUUUGCUGUCUGAGAAAAACAACAGAAUAAAGACUAGAAUUUUUCUUCGAGUAAUAAGCAACUGUAAAGAACUACAUCCUAAAGUACAGCAGUGGGCUCAACGUCUUCGAGAUAAAGGUUUACAGGCUGCACAGACAUUCUUUUCUAAAUAUUGGGAAUGUAUAAAAGAGUCAAAUUUCACUCUGUUGAUUGAGCAGUGGGAUGCAAAGUAUGGUAAUAAGCCAGAUAUCAUGAACAUGAACACUGAUAUUUCUACAAAAGGAAUCCUAGAAUAUUUCCAACACGCCUCACCUGAGAUAAUGCUCAACUUUAUAUGGAUGCUAGAAGAGAAAAGAGAAGCUUUUCCAUCCUUGCACCAUGCUUUAGAUGAGUAUUUUGAUUUAAUGGAUUCCCCUUGUGUAAUAUUAAAGAAGCAAGACAAUGAAGACCUCCCUUCUCUUCUGUUACUUUCUGGAGGCUUUUUCCAUGAAGAUGAUACCAUAUUCACAGAAGACGAUGCUUUGAUGUUUCUGCAUGAGAAUGACGAAUUUAUGACUUUGGAAGACUUUCUUGAUCCGAUACAAGAAUUUGGUGAAUUCUAUGGAGUUCCUCAUAGAUUUCUGUCUUAUAAUAAUAUUUUCGACAAUAUUCCAGACCCAACACGGGAAAGUCUGUAUGAUUAUUUUACUGCAGUAUUGCAAGAGCAUGGACCGCUGGCACUUGAUGACAAACUUUUGGUUGGCGAGUUUGAACAUUUUCCAACUGAAGCCCAGGUGCUUGUUGAGCAGUGUGGUGGUCUAAAAUGUUUUCUUCUGGAAUCUCUUCGAUUUGUCAUCAUAAAUAAUAAGAUUGGAUUAAUGAAAGAUGCUGUUAAGUUGCAAGAAAAUGCUACAGAUGGAAGGGAGACCGAAGGCAUAGGAAUAGAUUCAGCCAAGAAGAAUGUAUACCUAUCCUGCAAUGAACAACUGUAUUUAUCUGGAAGCAAACCCCAACUUAAUCCAUCUGCUAAAGAAUUUAAACCAGUUUCUGGCAACAUAACUGGAUUUCCAGUAAGUAUUUCUAAUCAGGAUUGUUCCAUGAGGGACACCCAAGUUUCACAAUAUGGAAAUCACAUUUUUUCUUCACAGAGCACUGUGCCUGUCUUGGAGGGAGUUGUUGGAAUAGAUAAUACUCAGACUAACUGUGGCAGAGUAAUAAGUUUCGAUGCAAGUUUGCCUGUUAUUCCAUCUAGUUGUUCAGCAUCUGUACCUGUGCUAGCUUCGUGUCCAGCAGUGGCAUCUUUUCCCUCAUUUCACAUGCAGCACAACUCUUCUGUCUCCGGUUACAAUGCUGGGAAUUGUAACCAAGUAGAAGAUGCACUUUUUGUUGGAAGAUGCAGUUCAGAAAAUAAUGUGUUAAACAAGUCUGAUAAUUUAAUACAGCUGCACUCCCCUUCUCCUCCUCCUGCUGAGACUUCUUCAACCAAACAUGACGACUUCCUUCUGUAUCAUGAUUUUGGGAACCUAACAGAAACUAGCCUGGCUAUGCCUAGAGUUGUGGAUUCACAGCCAAAAGAAGAAGGUGGAAAACAUCCAGUAAAAAAAAUGGUGGCAGUGCAGGUAGAGAAGGAGUUGGUUUGCCAUACUGAGGUGAACACUGAUCCCUACCAUCCAUUUGAAAAGCAGCAGGGGGAUAUUUUGAGAACUGAGAAGGAGCACAGUGUUUUGCAAGAACAGCUUAAGGAAGGAAGAAAUAAAUUUGAACAGCUGCAGGCACACAGUAAUGAAGAAACUUCAGCUUCGGCUGAUGAACUGAAAGUUGCCAUAGAAAGAAAUCAGAUUUCAAAAAAGGAGCUGGACUGGCUUCUCCAGGAAUUUGAAGUUGAAGUCAAGAAGUGUCAGCAGGAAAAAAAAGAGUAUCAGGAAGCAAUUAAAGCAUUGAAAAACAAAUUAAAAAUGUUAAAUGAAGCUAUUGAUAAGUAUUUGAAAAAUAUUGACAAGAAGGAUCAAGAGUAUAAAACAUGCUUGGACAACUUUCUGGAGAUUAGUAACAAGUCAGCAGUGGAAAAGCUGAAGCUUGAGGAGAACAUCAAGAAAGGCAACAUUACAUACAAAGAUGCUCUUAAAAGAUCUGUCACAGCAGAGGUAUCUGUUCUUGAGUCUAGGCGUAGCAGUGAUUUGUGGAAACUUCAAAAACUGAUUUCAGAUGCAGAAGUAAAUCUUAAAAAAGUUAAAGCCAUGGAAAAUAGUAACAGCACACCAGCUAUAAAAACACUGUCCACUGCUUGGGAGUCCUACAUUUCAAGUCUUGAACAGGAGUUAUUUAAAGUUGAGUCCCAGUUUGAAGAAAAAAUCGACAUGGUCAAGAGUGGUGAAAGACUGAGUUCUCUCUCACAUGUACAGAUUACAGUUCCUGCUCCACCUGCUGAUAUCACAAACUUGUAUCCCUCACCUCCAGGAUUAUCUAACUCUACAGAAAUAAACUUGCAGUUGUUACCUGAAUUAUUGAUGCGUGCUUCAUCUGAAGUCCAAAAUAAGCAUAUAACUGCUAAUCCUCCUAAGGGAUCAAAGGGUGCUGUAAUACAGCCUUCCAGUGGUCAAGUUUUAUCUUCUAGUCAUCCUAAACAACUAAAUAAGCCUGUUACAACAAAAAAGCAAUCCAGUUUUGAGUGUGAGGAAUAUGCACUUGACAGCUAUGCACAGCAGCCUAUAAAUACUUUUGAGAAAAUCAUUGCCCGGCUAACUGCGAUGUUUCCACAUUACAGCAGGGCUGUGCUUGCUAACUUCAUUAGAGAGGUUCGUUCCGAUGGUGGAGGAACAUUGGCAGGAAUGGGCUAUGAAGAAAUAAUUGGUCAGGUUACAGAGCUUAUCUUGGACCACCAAGAAAAAACAAGAGCUUUGUUGUCAUCCGGUUAUGCUAAAACUGAGAGUAGUAGUGCUACGGGCCAUGGAGUAAUUCCUAAACAGAAUACACACAGCUCCAGCUCUAUAAAUGUAAAUUUGACUCCCUCAUCUAAUUCAACACUUACUUUCCCAGCACCAAACAAGUAUCCUAGCACAUCACCACCUGCACGUGGAUGGGGGCCUGUUAAAGUUCCCUCCAGUUCACAGUGGCAUAAAUCAAGCAGUUCAACAGCACUAUAUGGUGAUGAUCCUUGUAUCAUAUGUCAUGAAGACCUGAGUCAGGAAACACUUUGCGUGUUAGAGUGUAGACAUGGUUUUCAUAAAGAGUGUAUCAAGGCUUGGCUAAAAGAGCAGAGCACUUGUCCAACGUGUCGUGUCCAUGCCCUUCUUCCUGAAGAUUUUCCUGUACUUAGAGGGCGAAUCAAAACUGGCCAUGUCUAAGUGCCUUCUGGAAAACAUUUUAAUUUGAGCUAGCAGCAAGAAUACUUAAGCUGACUACAGUUUGUUAAACUGAUUUUUCUUGUUAAUGAUCUUUACUUGUAAUGUUUUGCUUAUGUUUUUUUUCUAAUUAUUAACUUGUGUGGAUUGCAACUGCUUGAUUGCUGAAGCUGGUAGGGGUGAUAAUUUGUGUCUGCUUCACAAGAUCGAGUUAACAUGUGAUUGAAACUUACAACUUUGAGACCAGCAUGCCGAAAAUGCAUUAUAACGAAACCUAAAAUGUCACAUAUAGCAGGAUAGCAUGCCUACAUAGGACAUACCUACAUGAAACAUUGGCGGACAUUACGCAUCACACAUUGUACUAUGAACAACCUACUCAUGCUAACCUGCUACAUGCGAUAUUUUGGGAUUUUGUCAUCGUUGGCUUUCAUUAUUAUGCAUUUUCAACAUGCUGGCCUCAAUGUCAUAAGUUUCGACCAUGUGUUAACUCAAUCUUGUGAAGUAGACCCGAUAAUUUAAACCUCCAUGCUCAAAUUGUUUAAUGUUGAGCAGUUUCCGUCAUGUUUGCCAAGUAUGCAUUUUUUAAACAUAUUUUGCAUAACUGUGUGUUUAAUUUCUGUUAUUUUUGAAAUUUGUGUUUGACAUCAGGGAUCUUCUUUGGCACAUCUAUAGUUAGAUUAUUUUCUUCCAUUCCAAAUUGGCACAUUUCUCUUGGAUGCCUGUGUUCUCAGAUGAGAGUAUGCAACUGGAUGUCUUGACAUCCUGCACCACAGCAGGGGGGGAACAUGCCUAGCCUCUUAGCCUGCCUUUUUUCUCCUUAAACAGUUCAUAGUUUAAUUUGGAUGUUUGUUAUGUAAAAGUUUCCCUAUUCAAUGCCUAAAACACAGAAACCAUCCCAGUGUUCAUGCAGACACCAGAUUUUGAGGCAAGGGAGGGAGAAGAUUAUGGGCUUAUGUUGCUACCCAAAUAAAAGUAGUGGCUGAAAAUAUCCAGCAUGAAAAUUGAAAGAAAAUGUGUUCUCAGUUAUAAUCUUUUGCCAUAGCACUAUCAAAUAGCCAGUCAAUCAGAGGCUGUACAGCUGUCAGUAAGUCCCCUGGAGAGGAAAGUUUUCUUGAAAUGAACUUCCCUUCCCUGGUAUUACAGAGGUUUGCACUUUUCAUUUGCUUCAGUGGACAGUCAGUGCUGGGGAAAGGUGCGACUCCAGCAACCACCUUGAGAUGGUUUACAUCUUGUCAGUUGUCUCUAGUAUGCUCAAGAUUGUUUUGAUGCUUUGGGUGGGAUGGAGGCACCUUCACUUACUUGGCUGUAGCUGCUGGUGGCAUUUGGGAACAAAAUCUUUUCUCCCCAGGCUUCCUCUGAAGUUCAGUAGGCCCAGUAGAGCAAGAGGGUCAAUUGAAUUCUUCCAUGCCACUCUCCAUGCUUCAGGACUAAGAUUUCAGAAAAUUUUCUGAUGUCUUUUGGUACCUGUCUUUAGGGGUGUCGGUGUGCAUCCUUAGGGAAUAUGGUCUGAUACCAGCACUAGACUAGUACAGGCUUCUCAAAUCCCCUUGUUGCCAUAUGCAAGUGAAUCCCUGACACCUCUUGUGCUAUGCCACCUCCACAAAGAUACUUUUUUAUCCUCUUUUGCCUGAUAUCUAGUCAGCCGUCUGCAAUCGCAUAACCUAGUGAUUUCCCCAUUGGGUGAGUGCUGAAUGUAGAGGCCAUCAUUCAGGAAGCCAUUUGUUUUCUCUCGGUGGCUGAUGGACAGGCUUUUUGAUACGAGCACUUGCCAAGUGUGGCCACUUUCCCUUUCACUCUUUAUGAAAACUGUGAAGUGAGCACAGCUCAGCAGUGCCAAGUGUGUAUUCCCAGUCCAUAUGCUGCAUACUGAACACCUUUCUGUGUUGAGGUUCUGUCAUUGCAGUUGGCUGGAGCCUCCCCCAAGGUGUGAAAUGAUGUCUCUUGCUUACUCCAGUCUUCCUCCUCCAGGUUGCCCUACUGCCUGAGAUGCUAAUUAAUCUCUAGUUCUCUGGAGUAUAGCCAGGGGUUCAGCACUUUACACUAUAAAACCAGGCCCAUUUAUCACACUUUUAGAUGCCUUGUAUGGUACUUGUACCCAAGCCUACCCACGUUGGAACUGGGAGGAGAGGAGUCCCCCCCCCCCCAGCCAGUUGAGUGGAAACAAGAUCUGAAGGUUAUCUGAAAGGCAGAUAGAAUGAGACCUCUCCCCUUCCUGCAAGUGUUCUGUGGCUGAUUCCCCCCCCCCCCCCAAAUGGACUGGUCUCUAGCCCAUUCAUUCCCCUCUGAAACAGAUGGUCUCUGGAGUGGGUGGAUGAAGCCUGAAUUCUGUGGCUGCAGCUCCAGACUAUGUGAAUGUCCUGUACAAGUCUUUUGUUGAAUGGAGUUGAGAUCCUUGCAAGGCAUCUUAAAGCAGCAGUGUUGAAUGAUCUCACUAGCCUAGCUCAGGACCUAAAGAACCUAACAUUUUUGUCAUUUCGUAACAUGCAGUUGAGAGUGAAACACUAGACAGCAUGGAUAAGUGGGUGUUUUCUAUGUCACACUGAGGCUAAAAUCCUUCAGCUGUGCAUUUCACCUGUCUAGGAUCCAGUCUUUAACAGCUGAUCAUAUGUCGAAAGAAUUUAACUCCUCCUUGACUUAGGCUCAAGUAACAACUUUUCAGUUUACCUCUGCCACUGUAAGGGGGUAUUCCAUGAUUUGCUGUAAUUAUGACUGUGUUGAUGCUGUAGCUAUGCCUGCAAUGUCAGGUAUGCAGUUGGUGCAGGUUGACAUUGAAACUUUUCCUCAAGGAAGGAACUCAAGACAGUUUACUCUUACUACCUCUUUCUGGCAGGAGGAUUCUCUUCAGCCAUCCUUCACAGGAUCAGCAGAUGAUCUCAAACAGAGAAAAUCACUCCUCAUCUCAGUACACAGCCUUUACGUCUCUCCAACACCCCUUCUCCUAGGUCAAUUAAACCACCUAAUCAGGAGAAGGUCCCAGUUACACAAAAAGCAAUCCUUGAGUACUAAACAUGUUGCUUUGAAAUGGUUCUGUCAGGCCAGCAUUUGCAGCAUGGGGGAAUGGAACGUCUCCAUUUUGUCCACCAUGAUAGAAGCACAGUGUUUCUGAUGUGGUCACAGAGGGACCUCUUCUUUUAGAUCUUUUAUGUCAUAUGCCAGAAAGGGCUGUGCUCAGGGACAAAGCUUUUGCUGUACAGCUUUUGGGACUAACCAUAGAGGCUGUCCCUCUUUUUGAAACAAGACGAAGUGUUGUGCUCCCUCCUGUCUUUAGUUGUGGUGGAGAUGUAAAAUUCCUUCCUAUGGUGAACCUUAGCAGCUUUAAGUAACCAUCAAGUUCUGGAUGAUGUAUUUUCUUCUGUAGGGUGCCUGGAUGGUAUCACAGGACAUGCCUUCAGACACAACAGUGACUGGAGUGUACAAAGGAUGGUCCUUUUAUUCUGUUUUGAUCGGCAGUAGUUUAAAAAAAAUGCUGAUAUUUGGUACAUUCUCUGCAGCCACUGUGUUUACCAUUCUAAUAGCCAUUAUGGCAGAACCUUUUUAAGAGAAGAAACUUAAUUUUAUUUAUUUAUUUUUUACCUGUUCAACUGACUGCUGGUGACCUCAGUGAGAGACUCCCUGGUGGCAUCUUUGGAGUGGAUACUUUAUGGAUGUUCUUUUUAUAAAUUGAGCAAUGUCCUCUUUGAUCUAAUUUAAGAAUAUUUUUUUCUUCCGCACAAAGCUGUGCUUCUCCAUUGCUGAUCAUUUUCCCUGUAAAGAGGGUCAAGGAGAUUGCCUUGGCUGUCUAUGUGAGGACUUGAAGGAGGUCCUACUUUUGCACCCUGCUGUUUGUUUUACAUCUGGUGGCCACUGUCUUCAUGGUACCUAUCACUAUGCCUCCUGAAUCUUUUGUUGAUGUCAUACCUGUAUCUCCAGGCCCUGGAUGUUGGACACUGUCCACCAACAUGAGAGUGAGUUUUCCUUUCCUGUAGCCAUAUGUUUCACAAGUCCUAAAUAUGAUGAUGAUCUGCUGUUAAGGUAUAGAACUGAUCUUGACUUCUUCACAGUACAAGGAAAGUGGUUCCCCAGUAGAAGAGAUGAGGGCUCGCCAACAAGCAUUUUGGAUCUAUGUGCAAUCCUCCUGACAUUAAUAACUCUCCAGGAAAAUUUGCUUCUAGUACCCGUGGAACUGGUCCAACAGCUAGUUAACUAUGUGGUGCUUAAAGAAGGAAUGGGCCUACACAGCACACUGUUAAUACUACAUAUACUAACAGGUGAGACAUGUUUGCCAAUAAGACUGCAGGGACUGCAUAAACUUCACAUCCUGUGAAGUGAAAAUACUGGUAGUGUUCCUGCAAUACUUCUGUACUGCUGUCCUGGAGCUGAUUGUUUUGGAGUUUUGUCUGGUUGAUGUCUCUUUGGCGUGAGGAACAUUGUAUAGUAACCUGUUUACUUCUUGAGAGAAUUCUGUUCUCCCCUCUUUUGUCUGAUGCAGCAGAAAGAAGAGGGAAGUGUCGGUGAGCAUAUGUAUUGUUUUCCAAGGGAGAUUCUUGCUUGUCCUUCCACCUUUCACUCAAACUUCACACCUAAUCACAACAUUUAAAGAAGAAUCAAAGUAUAUCCUCAUCAUCUUUUGAUGCUGGCCUAAAAGUGAGAGAGGCUUUGGGCUGUCAGGCAGUGCUGGUAUAAUGAAGCCUUCCCUAUCCUCACCAUGGAAGUCUCCUAUGGAUGGUAAAGUCCAGUAGGGUCUUAUCCUUCCACCAAAUUGCUGCAUUUAAAUAUAAGAUUUUAGCCUGAAAGCCCUGUUGCAGACCCAUCUUCCACCAGCCACCAAGACUGCGCCAUGUACCCUCUCAGUUUGCUGUGGAUGUUUUAUAUGAGAACAAAAUAUAUUAUCUUUCCUUCAAUAAAUGGAGCAUCCAUUAAUAACAUUGCUUAUAUUAGGCCUCUGCUUAUACUGACCCUGUUAUAUUUACAAUUUGUCAGCCAUUGAACUGUAAUUUAACAAAAAAAAUUAAAUUAGUGAAAUUAACAUAAUUAUCUUGUCUGUUAAAUUGAUGGAGUUAAAUCUUUGGGUAAAAUGAACAAAAUAAUUGAUUUGAAAAACACAACUGUAAUAAUGUUUUUAAAAUAUGUAUGUUUUUACAUUAUGCUGUAUUGUGUUGCUGAUUUUAUUCACACUUAAGUUUGCAUUUGUGCUGUUUUCUUGCUAUGUUGUUAAAGUAAACACAAUGCAAUAUUGCUGUA